UUGGUCAGGCAGCAGCAGAGUCGCAGCCAGUGUGGCAGCUGGGAAUGUGAGGGUUUCAACCUUCAAUACAGACCGCUAUUUUCAGGAUAGGGGACAGUAGCAGCAGGGCUUCGUCCCACAGCUCGACUCCAGCCAGCACACUCGCUUAAUUUGAAGUCCAAGCGUGCGACCUGCGUUUUCUGUCAGGGGUGUCGGCGCUCUCGGACCGCAUCCGAUGGUCAACGGACAGCCGUUGGUGGCUCACUGCGGGGCUGCACGCUAGAGGGAACAAGCCGGAGCACCCCCGGUCUGUGUACGUACGCCAACACGUUAACUCCUGCUCGGCGUGUCCGGUAAAGAAUGCAGUGAAGUGUCACGGGUUUAGUCAGUACAAUCUUUGAUGUAUCCCGGUGUGCAACGCUCGGUUAAAUGUGCCUGUUUCACCGCUACCAAACCACUCACGCCAACGACUAUGGACUGAAACCUGCGGCGGGGGCGAGCGACACACAACCUGCCGCGAUUUCCUGCAUGUGAAUAAAUAAAUGAUAGAGGAUACAAUGACCCUGCUGUCUCUGUUAGGUCGGAUCAUGCGUUAUUUUCUUCUCAGACCGGAGACCUUGUUCCUGCUGUGUAUCAGCCUGGCUCUGUGGAGUUACUUCUUCCAUACGGACGAAGUGAAGACCAUCGUCAAGUCCAGCCGGGAUGCGGUCAAGAUGGUCAAGGGGAAAGUGGCCGAGAUGAUGCAAAACGAGCGGUUCGGUGGGCUGGAUGUGCUGGACGCCGAGUUCUCCAAGACCUGGGAGUUAAAGAGCAACAACGUGGCCGUGUACUCCAUCCAAGGCCGGCGAGACCACAUGGAAGACCGGUUCGAGGUGCUCACCGACAUCGUCAACAAGAGUCACCCAUCCAUAUUUGGGGUUUUUGAUGGCCAUGGAGGAGAGGCUGCUGCUGACUAUGCCAAGGCCCACCUGACUGAGGCUCUUCGCCAGCAGCUACUGACCUACGAACGGGAGAAAGAGCGAGACAGAGAAAAAGACAAGGAGAAAGAUGAAAAAAAGGAGGGAGGUGGCCUGUCCUAUCCUUCCAUCUUGGAGCAGCAGAUCCUCAAUUUGGACAGAGAAAUGCUAGACAAGCUCUCUGCCACUUACAAUGAAGCAGGUACUACAUGUCUGGUGGCCCUGCUGUCUGAUAAGGAGUUAACAGUGGCCAACGUCGGAGACUCGCGUGGAGUUCUUUGCGAUAAAGAUGGCAACGCCAUUCCUCUCUCUCAUGACCACAAACCUUACCAGCUCAAAGAACGCAAGAGGAUCAAGAAGGCUGGUGGGUUCAUCAGCUUCAAUGGCUCGUGGCGUGUCCAGGGCAUCCUGGCCAUGUCCCGCUCUCUGGGCGAUUACCCCCUGAAGAACCUCAACGUGGUCAUCCCUGAUCCUGACAUCAUGUCGUUUGACCUGAACAAGCUACAGCCGGAGUUCAUGAUCCUGGCGACAGACGGCCUGUGGGACACCUUCAGCAACGAGGAGGCGGUUCGCUUCAUCAGGGAACGACUGGACGAGCCUCAUUUUGGUGCCAAGAGCAUCGUCCUCCAGUCCUUCUAUCGUGGUUGCCCUGACAACAUCACGGUUAUGGUGGUCAAGUUUAAAGGCAAGGCCAGUGAGCAGUAGACUGUCCGUCUACCACACACAGGAUCUAUAUUAUGUUUUAAAAUCAGUAAGAAUAAAAUAGGCUUAAGAUGAAAGUGUGAAAAACCGAGCCCGUAACUUUUUUGAACGAGAACUAUUUCUAUCACAGGUAUGUACUUCAAUGUCCUCCCCUGUCCUCCCUCUCAUCCCCCCUCCUCUACUUUUACUGCUGAAAAAGUGGCACUUGUAAGAAUAUGUCUUUCAUUUAGGCUUAGCCAUAUCGUUCAGACACCGCAAUGCGCGCUGGGUCACUGUUAUGCAAAUAAACAGAUUUAGCUCUGUGCAGCUGUAGGUGAGCCCUUGAGUCUGCGUGUGUGUGUGUGGUUGAGAGGAGAAAGAGUAAUAGAUGUCUGUCUUUGUGUGAUAAACUUGCACACAAGCAUCACAUUAAUCAUAAAUUCAUUGUUUAGCCAAUAAUGAGAAAUACAAGAGUAUACAAGAUAGCGUGGAGUUUCACUUCCACAUCAUUUCAAGCCUGAUGUCUUUCCCUCAACUAUUUGACUAUUGACCACUAAUUUUUAUAUUUUAAGUCUCUAAACUCAGUUUCCACAUAAUUUAAUUGUAUUGACGUCUACGAAGUGUCUGCACUGAAGAGUCUGCACUGAAGAGUCUGUCGUUUAAAAAUGUUGACAGGUCAUUUAUUCCUGGAUCAAAUACAUGUCACUGGUGCAAAUCCUCAAUAUGAAUUUAUUCUCUUUAUACAUGAACAACUCAAAUGAUAAUAUGCAUAUGCUUGUUUGAAUAUCACCCUUUCACGUUGUACAGCAAGGGAACCUAUUACAGCGUCAUAUCACACUUACUAGAUGUGGGAAUUCUCGAUGUCUGAAUAAAGUGUUUUGUCUUGAGUUGCCCAAUUUUAUAAGUUUAAAGUUUUAGUUCACUUAAAAUGAUUGCUGUCAGUUUCCGUGCAGAUAAAGUCUCAGUUCUGUUGUGAUUGUUUAUACAUUUCAAGACUUUUUAAAGCUGAGACUCCAGAUUGAUCUGUUCUGUCACUCUGUUUAGCAUCAACUUAUCAGUAUCCACAUAACUAUUGAUAAUGUAAUAACUGUUUGAUAAUUCAGUAGGUUGUCAAAUUGUAACCAAAUCUCACUUUAAAUGGGUGUAAAGUGUAACUUUUAAAAGCAGCAUCUUUUCAGAUAUUGUGGUGAUAAUGUUAACAUGGCAUUAUUACUCUAACUGCUAAUUAUUAUUUCUUAAGGUUUGUUAAGUUAUAUAUAUAUAUAAUAACUUUGAGUUAUCACAUAAUUGAAAUAAAAACUGGCAGUUAUGAUUUUAAUAUAAGAUGUACAACUAUACAUAACAUAAGAUGUAUUUUUAAUGGACUUAUUUUUUACAUAUUGACAUGCUAUUCCUUUAUCUGACUUUUCUUACAUUAUCGUUUACUACAUUGUACAUGAGAUAUAAAUAAACUGAAAUUGACAAUUUACUGUUAAUGUCAUCAGUUAAUGCCUUGCCAUUUUAGUUCCAUCAUUUUGAGACAAAUGUCAUUGUUCAAUCUCCAUUUCCCUGAACUGUAACUCAAAAUGGUACACGCCUUUCAAUGAAAUGUGUCAUUGUUGCCUUAUUUUUUUAACUGUUCAUUUCCUGUGAUGAAGUCUGCUGCCAAAACUUCUUCUCGGUUUUUAAUGUAACGCAGUUGAUCAUAUCAUGCACACUGCACGACCUCAGUGUCAUUCCUUGAUAACUCACGUGACAUUGUGAGAUGAAUGUACAUACUGUCACAUAAUGUUAGUAUCACCCCUCCACUGUUUAUACCGCAAUGAAGAACGCAAUGCGCCUGUUCCUGGACUGUUUAACUUCAGAAAUGUAUACCUGAUAAAAAAGUUUGUGCUUUUUUAGUUCACAUUCUUCCUUGACAGUGUACAUUACAGAAUGUUUGUGGCAUUUGUACUUGUUUUUGUUGACUUUAAUAGACUGAAAAAUAAAGAAUUCAGACAUUUUAAAAUGUAAAUCAAAAGGUAACAUUAAAAUGAGAGAUGAUCAUGUACUA